AUGGAACUGGAUGUGGUGAACUUGUUUGCCAUUGCUGCAGGGACACUGGCUGUACCUCUCCUGGCUUUCAUGGCUUCCUUCAUGCUAUGGCCUUCAGUGCUGAUCAAAAUAUAUUACUGGUACUGGAGGCGAACCCUUGGUCUGCAAGUUCGCUAUGCAGAUUGUGGGGGCUAUCGAUUCUGUUAUUCCUACAGAGGGAAGCCAGGACACAGGCCAUCCAUACUAAUGCUGCAUGACUUUUCUGCCCACAAAGAUACAUGGCUGUCCAUGGUCAAGUAUCUACCCAAGCAUCUGCAUUUACUGUGUGUGGACAUGCCAGGACAUGAGGGCACCACACGUACCAAUGUUGAUGACUACUCCAUUCAAGGCCAGGUUAGGAGAAUACAUCAGUUUGUGGAAUCCAUUCGGUUGAACAGGAGACCAUUCCACCUGGUGGGAACAUCCAUGGGUGGGAAUGUGGCAGGGGUGUAUGCAGCUUGCUAUCCCUCAGAUAUCUGCAGUAUUACUCUCAUCUGCCCUGCUGGUUUGAAGUACCCCAAUGAGACUAAGUUUGAUUGUCAGCUACAGGAUCUGGAACACAGCCAAUACACACUUAGCAUCCCACUCAUACCAUCCACUCCAGAGGAGAUGGAGGAUAUGCUGAAGCUCUGCUCCCAUGUUCGAUUCAAAGUCCCACAGCAGGUUCUUCAAGGAUUGGUAGACGUUCGAAUACCACACAAUGACUUUUAUCAAGAGGUUUUCAUGGAGAUUAUGGGGGAGAGUUCUAGAUAUGCAUUACAUGAACACAUGCGCCAAAUAACAGCCCCUCUGCAAGUCAUCUGGGGUAAGCAAGACCAGGUUGUGGAUGUUUCGGGAGCCUCAGUGCUGGCUGAGGCUUUGCCAGGGUGCCAAGUUGAUCUGCUGGAGAAUUGUGGUCACUCUGUGGUGAUGGAGAGGCCUCGCAGGACUGCUAAACUUAUUCUAGAUUUCAUCAUCUCUCAGCAGAGCAUGGCAAGUGGCAGCAACAAAAAGAAAUCAUGA